CGGCGAGUUCUCUCGCCCCAGGAGAAGCGCUCGCCAAGCUUUAUGCCGCCUGUGGCUUCCGGCGCUCGAGUCUCUGAGAGGCUGCCGGGCGGGGUGACGCACGGGCAGAGAUGCCCAAUGAAAGAGGCGCGCCGUGCCCGGGACCGAAACCAGGCGAUGUAUAAAGUGAGGCGCGCCGCCUUGGCAAAGAAGGAGCCAGAGGUUGGAGCGCAUUGCGAGGGUUUCUGUGGGGCGCCGGCGGCCUUUUUCCCUCCCUCUUUCCCUGCUUGUCAGAGAGGGAAGAAGGAAGCCUUUUGGCCGCGGAGAGCGCGGCAGACACGGAGGUCGGCCGGUGCAUUUGGACGCGAUUUUAUUUUAUUUAUUUUUUAGUUAUCGGUUCCCACUUCGGCCACGGGACCCGAGCGACUGAGGCUAGACGUUUCCUCCGACUCCAGGCUGGGCGCACGUGCUGCCAGGAAACGCCCCUUCACACGCCAAGCCUUUCACCCUUCCCUGUUGCUCGAAUAGUUUCUUGGGGAGUGGGUGACCGACCCCUCACUUUCGACUUCUAGCAGGGUCCGCCUCUGGUCUCUGCUCCCUUCCCGGCGUGCCCGGGAAUCUCUUGCCGAGCACCGGCUCUCCAGGGCUGGGCGCACGCCUUGACCAAAUGGAGAAAAUGAAGCCGCGGGCCGCGGCGGAUCAGCCUCUGCGAACCGCCAGCUGCAAUGGGUACGCGUUGGCAGAGAAGCAGCCGCCCCUUCAGCGGAGUCGCUCGGGAGAAGCGCCGUCCCGUAGCUGGAAGAGCGCGGCUGGCGGGCAUCCCUUAGAGAGCUGGAAGGAAGAGCGGACCCGCAGCGAAGAGGACAACGAAAUGAACUUGCCCGGCCUGGCCGCCGCUUACACCACCAUCCUGCGUGCCUUGGGCGAGGACCCGCAGCGCCAGGGGCUGCUCAAGACGCCCUGGAGGGCGGCUACGGCCAUGCAGUACUUCACCAAAGGCUAUCAGGAGACUAUUACAGAUGUACUCAAUGAUGCCAUAUUUGAUGAAGACCAUGAUGAGAUGGUGAUUGUGAAGGAUAUUGAUAUGUUUUCAAUGUGUGAACAUCACCUGGUUCCAUUUAUUGGAAAGGUGCAUAUAGGUUACCUUCCCAACAAACAAGUCCUUGGGCUCAGCAAGCUUGCAAGGAUUGUGGAAAUAUACAGUAGACGAUUACAAGUUCAGGAGCGCCUUACAAAACAAAUUGCUGUGGCCAUCACAGAAGCCUUGCAGCCCGCUGGAGUCGGGGUGGUGAUUGAGGCAACGCACAUGUGUAUGGUGAUGCGAGGGGUUCAGAAAAUGAACAGUAAGACUGUAACCAGCACCAUGCUUGGAGUAUUCCGAGAAGACCCAAAGACACGUGAAGAAUUUUUGGCACUCAUCCGUAGCUAAAAACAUGCCAUCGAUUUUCCUUCCUGGACUGUCUUCUCUAGCAUUGAUGUUGAAUCUUUUGUUGUUUGUGUUGCUCCUUCUCUUUUGGAAAAGUAACAGUCACUUUAACAUUUCUGAAGUUUUACUGUGUUGGUGGUAAAUUCCAACAUGUAGUUUCUUUGUCCAUACGGUUCCUUGUGUCACUGGAGCAUAAAGGUCCUGGAAAUAUUUUCUCAACCUAUGUUGUGUGAUUGUUUUAAGGCAAAUGUCAUGCAGUGUCUAUGUGUUUUUGUGUGGGCUUAGUCAGGUUGUUCUUGUCAAAGUCAUCUGAAGUGCUUGAAGGACAUAUUCCCACUGAGUUAGAGAAACCCUUUGCCCUAAUGUACAGCAAAUUUCUCGAUCCAAGGUCAAGAAAGAUUGACAGAGGAAUUAGAGGCUUUUUCAUAGUCUAAAUCGGGGGUCCCCAAACUUGGCAGCUUUAAGAUUUGUGGACUGAAACUCCAGCAUAGCUGGCUGGAGAAUUCUGGGAGUUGAAGUCCACAAGUCUUAAAGCUGCCAAGUUUGAAGACCUCUGGUCUAGAUAUUAAAGAGAGGGCGCUACUUCCUUCCCGCAUGAUCAAGGGGUCAUUCAUUCAUUCAUUCAUUCAUUCAUUCAUUCAUUCAUUCAUUCAUUCAUUCCUGUUCCUCGUUUCAGAGCAAUUUGUACCACCACUUCCUCGGCCCUCUAUUUUGUACUUCAGUUGCAGCUAGCCCAAUUCUUCACUCACAAUUCUUCUUGCAAAUGAAAGUGGCCCCAUUUUCCUCAGAUGUCUCUCCAAUCCCAGGCAAGUAGAAGUCAAAUUCCUUCUUAUCAAUUUCCAUUGAUGAAAUAGAAAUUAGGGGCCUUCUUAGAAAGGGAAGGAAAAUCUAGAACUCUUGUUUUGGAGUAGUUAGAUUAUUGUGUUCAUUACUGAUGUAAUAGUUAUAUAUAAUAGUUAUAAUGAUAAUACUAAUAUAAUUUUUUAUAAUUUUUGUUCUGAAAGACCCAGGGUCUGAAAUCCUGAGAUACUUGUGUUAAUCUCAUCAUAAUGCAGGAAACUGGAUAGCAACUGCUUUCCCUGCACAGGAGUGGCUUAGAUUUGGCAAAAACUCUGACACUGAAAAGAAAAAAAUAAGUCAUAGUUUGCCUGGCGUUUAUUUCACUAAUGGAGCAAGAUACAAAACGGAAUUCCUUUUGAGGUGAUGGGAGCAGAACUAUGUACAAUCCCAGCCCUCCUGCAUAAACUGGGCAUACGUUUCCAGGCUUGUUAGGAACUCAUUUGGAAGACAUUAUCAUGGGGGAGGAUGAGCUGUCCUCAGGAAUCCAGGACUGAUACAUUUUGAUAGGAUUGGAGCAUUGUAUUUUUCCCUUAUAUGAAAUUUGAUUUGGAUGUUCUCUUUUAGUAAACUCUAGUAAACCUUUUACCGCAUAAUUUCUGUUCAAUCUAGGUUGUUACUAUACUGUGGACACUACUACAUGGUUUAUAUUCUAUACUGGACUUGCAUUCAAGAAAGAAUGAUUUAAGUUACUUCUUGGAUGUCAGCUCUACAUUGUUUAUAAUAACUUGGUGCCAAUUUCAGACCACCUCCAGCCUGGGAUUCUGCAUCUUUGCUAAAAUGGGCCGUGACAGGAACUUUUUGAACAGAAUCAGUUUUCAGACAAAGAAGGAAUAAAGGAUAUUGGGAGGCUAUAUUUAGCAGCCAAUUCCUUAUUUGACUUCAGUUUUUCUAUUUGUCUUUUUGCUUUUCAGAAGUGAUUUUGUAAGUUAAAACUGUGGAGGAAAAACACAAGGAUCUCUGGAAAAACCCAGAGUUUUGCCGUCCUGAUCCCCUCCUGGGUACUGGAUAAUAUGAUAGACUCUGUUUCCUUGGCAGAGUUAGCAACUGCUUUUUCUUAUUUUGUGGCCCUUGGAAAGUUCCCAUCAUCAGGAGGGUAAAUCAGACAUUUAGAUCAUGAAGCGGACAGUCUGUGCAGCUCCAGUGGGUUCUGGUUGUUUGUGUGAAGAACUUUGAAGGCUCUGUCUCAUUUCAGUUCUGCCCAUUAAAAUGCCAGAAUGCUCAGCCGAAUUCAGGCUUAUCAAAUCAACAUCCAGAAUUCCAUGUUCUUAAACAACUUGCAUAAUGUAAUUUGCUCAGUCAUCGUAGGAGAGAAGGAAGUGUCCAUGGCACAGUGCUCCUUAUUUCCAGAUGUUUUGUUCAGGCUCUCUUUUUUUUUUUAAUUUACAUUUAUAUCCCGCCCUUCUCCGAAGACUUAGGGCGGCUUACAGUGUAUAAGGCAAUAGUCUCAUUCUAUUUGUAUAUUUACAAAGUCAACUUAUUGCCCCCCCAACAAUCUGGGUCCUCAUUUUACCUACCUUAUAAAGGAUGGAAGGCUGAGUCAACCUCGGGCCGGGCUUGAACCUGCAGUAAUUGCAGGCUACUGUGUUCUAAUAACAGGCUUCUUACAGCCUGAGCUAUCACGGCCCUUAGUCUUUGGGUUUUGGGGGAUGUCAUCAUCCAUUGCUUAGUUUGCAGGUAUUUCUUUGCUGCAUUAACUCAAAUUGUCCUGAAGUGGACUUCAACGUGCAGUCAUUAAAUGGGUUUCUGUUGGAUCCAUCCAUGGCAGAAUACCCAGAUUUGUAAGCUUAUUUAUAGCUUGCAGAAACUCCAGCCGAUGAUGCCUUCUAACAAAUGCUGCCUUGUAGGGAAAGUGGGCAUUAUUUCAUUUCCACAUUUCAGUCUUAGGCAUCUUCCUAAACCCAGGAUGGGCAACCUAAAGUUGCAGGCACCUGAUUUCUGUUUAUGACUCUCAGAGCUCUCUGGCCAUGUUGAUUAAACAUGAAGGCAAAGUCUCCUGCAAUUUGAUACAGGAUACAUGAACACUGCUAUACAAGCCCUAAAAGAGGCAUAUUGUUGUAACACCACCUCUACCUCCCUACUCUUCCAUGAUACAUAACCCCACUCAUUUUUUGCUCCUAAGCCCCAUCACAGUCUUAAAUGUAAUAUUGGCCAGCAAAGGUUGCCCAUUUCUGAAAUAAGUAAUUAUGGUUUUGGUCAUUUUCUUCCUUCACCGUAAAGUCCUCAGCAGAUGAGAGCUUGAGAAAGGUUCACAUGGGAGCUGUGAGCACAGCAACCCUGGUUUCUAGAAAUACGUUUUGUGGUGCCCAAAGUAGGUCAGGCUCUCUUUUCCCUCUUGUGUAACUGGAAUGUCAUGAAAAGCCGCUUACUGGAACUGAUCUCAAUAAUUGCCUUCUGAAUGGAAAACAUAUUAAAGAAAGUUUUAUAACCACUCUAAUUAGAAAAAGAUGGCAUGAGACCCACUCCUACUUGAUGUGAGAUGCUCAUUUCACUUUAUCCAUUGGGCGAGGCUGCCUUGUUAGCCAGAUCUGUUUGAAACAAAAGGGAGGGGUUGCCUGCUUCCCAUUUGGCUUGUUGGCUUUUUCGAUUAGUGACCUUGGAAAGCAAGGAUGGAGGAGUCGAUGUAGGUCAAAAAUUGCAGGAUGGCAGAUGGAGUAUCACAACCCAAACCUUGUCACCUUUUGCAUAUGGAUUGGUGCAUUCGCAUACAAAAUGGCAAGGAUCUUGCAGAUCCUGUGGACACUGCUGAGGUGAUGGACAGAAUUUUGCAGCAUUGGCAGAGCCAAUAUUUAAGGGUUUUUUUGGGGUGUGUAUGUAGAGGAAUUGGCUGUUGGGUUUUUUUUUUUGAGGCAAAUGCAAAGGCUUAAAGUACCCCUUGCAUUCUUUCAAACUCUGCCUCUUGUAGGAGCCAACCAAUGUCCCUGUUUUGGAGAGAGCUUUAAAAGGCAAAAUGGAUGCUGUAAGGCUUUUCCUUCUUAACUUGCCAAUUCCCCCGAAUCAUGAAAAAAACACACCACCAGAGAUUCCCAGAGAUAAUUCCCAGGCCAAAAAAAAAAGGUUGCCCACCCUUGGACUAGGCAGAUGCUUGGAUUCAUCCAACAUUUCUUAUGGAUCAGUCACAGGAAUAUGUAGAGAUUUGUAAAAAUGUUUUUCGUUGGCCAGAUCUUGUCUUUCCUUCAAGAAGCACAUCUGGAUUCCCCCCCACCCUAUUUUAUUGUCUGGGAGGUUCAAAGCAACUUCCUGGCUUAACUGAAGUUUUGAGCCUAAACAUCUCUGGUUUGUACACUACGUCCCCUCUAGGUUAUUUUACAAAUUGCACUGUAAUGUCUCAAAGGCCUAAAAUUGCACUGUGAAGUUGGGAGAAGCCAGUAACUUGAUUGGUCUGGAAAGUUCAAGUUGUUGCACCUGUGCUUGAAAUAGGAAGAAAAAAUAGCUACAUCCAGUCAAUCUCUCUCUCUCUCUCUCUCUUAUUUCUUACCAUGCAAUCCUUCCGACAUACCUCUUAACUGGUACCUGGAUGCAUCCUUAAUAGCACUGCUUCCUCUCUUGCCUAGUUUGAAAAUGUGUGAGGGGUGCAAAGAAGUCGAUUUCCAUUCCUUUCCCUGGAAGAAGGGAAAUUCCAAGUGGCUUGUUCUUUUUGUGGCCUUAAUGUAUUGAGAUCCUUUGGCUCAGUGAAUUCUAUUUAUAAUUUUUGUGAACUCUCUCUCUUGUCCUUACUGCCUUUAUACUUACUACACUUACGUAUGUUCAUGUAAGUAUGUGUUUAUCCAUGUAUGUACAUGUAUGUAAAUCAUAUGCAAUUUGCUGUUGUCUCUCCCUCCAAAUUCUGGCCUAUUUAUAGUAUUAAAAUGCAGUGUUGAUCACUU